ACAAUGACUAGUCGUUUCGGUAAAUCACUGUUUCGAUUGCAAUUCGCCAGCUCUUUGGUGCGACUGUCAGUUAUCGAGUGCGAGUGUCGACGAAGGUCAAACGUGACGCACAUUAAUCUUAUCGAUACUUUACAGCGAGAUGAACAAGAACAUUGAUCGAGGAUGGGCAUGGAUCGUAGCUGUAGCGAGUUUUUGUACUAUGUUUACCUCACUUGGGGUCUUUCGAUCCACCAGUGUCAUCUACGUGGCUCUAGUUGACGUUUUAAAUGUCAGUAGAGAAAAUGCUGCUUGGCCAUUCACUUUGGCAGCAUCCCUGCUAUCUAUUUUAGGUGUAUUCGUGGGAAUUCUUGCUGAGUAUUUUUCGAUCAGGACACUCGUUUUUUAUGGCACUCUUCUAUCGUCUAUCGGAGUGGCACUAUGUUAUACAGCCAAUAAUAUCGUAUUAAUAGUAGUAUAUUUUGGAAUUAUCUUUGGAAUAGGGUCCGGAUUAGCCAAAAAUUCUAACGUCAUAGCAAUUAACCAGUACUUUGUUAAAUACAGAACCAUGGCAACUGGCCUUUCACUCGCGGGUUCUUCUAUAGGAUCUUUCGUCUUACCACCUCUAACAGAAUAUUUAAUGAUCGAAUACGGUUUAAGAGGAAGUUUCCUAUUAUUAAGUUCUGUUCUGGUACAAAGUUUGGUGACGGCCAUGUUAUUCAGACCCAUUAAACAAAGCGCAAAACGUAAUCGAGUAGAGAUGGAGGACGUUGCCUUAGAUGGGCUCGAAUCGGAGAAGAUGCUAAGCACCAAAGAGGAAUCGAAGUUUCUUAAAAUAAUGAAAAUGCUCUAUCAACUGUUUAAAAUACCCAUUUUUUAUGUAAUUAUAUCGACCUUUUCUUUUAACAUGUUUUGCUUCAUUACCUAUCAAACUGUGGUCGUCGAUUAUGCCUCAGAUCGUUCUAUAGCAGUAACCAGGGGUGUUUUUAUUGUAUCGGUUUUCUCAUUUUCUGAUUUAUGCGGUAGAUUAGCUUGUGGAUGGAUUACAGAUUUAGGUUUCAUGAAAAGAAAAAAUUUAGUGGUCGUGUGCUGUUUCGGAAUGGGAAUACUAUUCUUUUGUGUACCCCAUUUUUCAAGUUUUACAAUGAUGCUCGUCAUUGCGCUUUGUUUGGGCAUCUUCACUGGUUGUCUGGUCGUUAACAGCUACGUUCUUUUUACAGAAUAUCUUGGUUUAACUAGGUUACCAUUAUCUUUAGGUUUAGGCAAUACAUUUUUUGGAUUAAUAAAUUUUGCUGCACCCCUUUUAAUAGGAUAUUUUAGAGACAUCAAAGGUAGUUACGAUCCAAUAUUUUACAUAUUAGGAGGAAUGGAAAUAUUCCUUGGUUUAUGCUGGAUUAUAGAACCCUUUUUACAGACAGUCUGGAGUUGUUGUGCUUUGAUGAAUGUCAUGGCAAGGAAAAACGAUACAGAUUCUAGAGAUGGAGGGUGGGCGUGGGUUGUUGCCAUUGCUUGUUUUGUCACCAAUUUUAUUUCUGUUGGAUUUCUUAGAUCGGGGAGUGUACUUUAUGUUUCGUUUACACAAAUUCUGGGAUUAAGUCGAGUUCAAUCGGCAUGGCCGUUAAGUCUGAUGGCUUCGGUGAUGCAUUUAUCAGGACCCAUAUUUUCCUGUUUAAUUCAAUAUCUCACCAUUCGAAAAUUGGUUAUGAUCGGUAGUGUUCUUUCAGCUUCUGGAUGCAUUCUUUGCUAUUUUUCAUUACAUUUUAUCUCUCUUAUCUUGUUUUUGGGAAUUGUUAACGGUUUAGGUAAUGGUCUCAUCUAUACUUUCAAUCCGGUUAUCAUCAAUAUGCAUUUUAAUAAAUAUAAAACCACAGCAAUGGGAAUAUUUAGAGGUGGUGCUUCGGUUGGAUCGUUUGUACUUCCACCUUUACUAGAAAUUCUAAUUACUAAUUACGGUCUGAAGGGAUGCUUCUUACUCUUGGGUGGUGUUUUAAUGCAGGGUAUAGCCGCAGCUUGUUUGUAUCGUCAACCUAAGAGCGUAGAAGAAUCGCAGAAGACUGUCGACGAUAAAGAAAACAAAUGGAAGACCUUGAGAACCGCUGCAGAAGUUGGAAAAGAUCCCAUAUUUUUGAUCAUUUCUAUUAGCUUUGCCAUAUUCUUUUUGUUUAUAAAUAUCUACGGGACAGUUAUUGUCGACUUUGCAGUUGAUAGAGAAGUUAGUACUACGUCUUCAGUGUUUCUAGUUUCAGCUUAUGCUCUAUCAGAUAUGUGUGGACGAUUCGGAUCAGGAUGGAUUGUGGAUUUAGGAAUUAUGAAGAGAGUUAACGUUGUGGUCUUAUGUUUUUUAUCCAUGGGAUGUCUACUAUGUGUACUACCUCAAUUAUGGAGUUACACGGUGAUGAUGGUUUUAUCAUCCAUUCUUGGAUUUCUUUCCGGAUGCACGAUUAUUCAAGAAUCAGUUUUUUUAUCCGAAUAUCUAGGUAUAAAUAAAUUACCAGCUGCAGUCGGUUUGAGUAAUUUUAUUACUGGAUUGGUGGUAUUGCUGGUUCAAGCACCAAUAACAGGACACUUUAGAGAAAAGAUUGGAAGAUAUGAUUAUUUAUUUUAUCUCUUAGCUUCGCUUUUGUUUGCUUGCGCAUUUCUGUGGAUAUUGGAGCCUCUUAUACAAAGAAUUCGUGAUAAAAAUCUUCAGUGUGAUACAAAAUUGUAAAUAUCCAAGAAAAUUUAUUAAUUUGAUCAUUGUUUAAAUUAUUUUUUAUAUUAAA